GACACAGACGAACCUCUGCCCAGGCACCAUGGCGCUGUGGACACCGUACGCGGAACAUGCCCUCGAUCUCAGCCGAGCGACCGUGAAGAAGGAGCGAGCCUCUCCCGAACCUGAACCCAUGGGAUUCGGCACCGUACCCGGUUAUUUUCCUCGGCAGGCGAUAUCCCCGCACGACAGGCUGCCGAUACCACAGUAUUACGUGAGCUACCACGAGCCGCCCUGCGUGCCCACAGCGCAGAUAUCGCCGGAGUCGGUGCACGAUGCCUGGUCGCCCAACUCCUGUCGCAAGUCAUCAUCGCCUUCAGAAUCCUUCGACGCCUACGAGGCGGAGUCUCUCUCCGACGACGUGGAGUACCAGGCGUUCGAGAGAGACGCGCUGCGGGCGAUGGCGGAGAAGAACGGCGGCAGUCUGCUGGGUAACAACCCGCGCAUGCGGCGCGCAGUGCAGGGCAGCGCCGCGGCGGACGACUCCUACAGGCGCCAGCGCGAGCGCAACAACCACGCCGCCAAGCAGAGCCGCGACCGUCGCAAGCUGAGGGAGGUGCGCCUUGCCUUCCAGGUCACCUUCCUCAAGAAGAAGCUAGCGGAUCUGCGAAUGCGCCUCGAUGAGCGAGUCUGCGCGAGCUGCCGGCAGCGGUGCACGUGUUAG